UUGUAAGAUGUAGUUUCUCUGGGGAGCUGUGUACGCCUGUCGAAUUCGUUGCCAGCGAUGACGAUCGCCACCUCAUUUGUCAGAGGCUCAUUGAAGCGUCGCGCAUGCUCCCAAGCAGGUUUCUUGUCCGCUCGAAUGACCACCUUGUACGCAUCUGAAGGCAUUCUUUGAAGCGCAGAUUUGAAGACAUGGACGUAGCUGUUGUGAUGAUGAAGCAUCUGCUGUAGUUCCAUGACGAUAUCUUGACGUGUGCCAGGAAUAUUAUUACAACGUUGCGUUGCUUCUUGCCGUUCGUCACCCAUGAAGUAAAUUUCAAGGAAUUUGUGUUCCUCAUUCGAGGCUGGCAACAUAGAUCCCACGCGGUGGUAGACUUGACCCUGCACCUUGAAGGUGGGCAUGAAAUCUGGCUCACACACUUCAUUUGCGGCGCCGAAAGACGUCAUCUGGAAGCAGGAAUUGUAUUUUCUAAUGUUCUCCAGGAAAUGUUUCGACUGAGACGUUGUUCCUGACAUCGGCCUCCUCCGGAACCACUGAAAUCACUGAAGUGCUGGUAGCCUCACCUUACCACCAGAGCAACACAUACCUGGUGUUUCCCCAGGCCACUUGAGAGCAUCACAGUAUGAGCAAACAUCGGUCAUUUGUCCAAUAUGAAGUUGAGGAUGGCUGUCGUAGUUGUUAGCUGGAUCAUAGCGAAACGCUUCCCCUUCCAUGAAUGUCCAAUGUACUGCUCUGGAGGCUGCUUGUCUUGCACGUUGAUCGUCAAUUUGAGUCCGUGUCUGCUCUGGACUCUCGACGUCUCUUGAAGCCGCUUGUCUUGAACGUUGAUCAUCAAGCCGAGUUUGUCAGCGCUCUAGACUCUCAGCAUCUCUUGAGGCUGCCAUUCUAUUCGCAGCUGACGUACUUCUGCCCAGCAGAGUUCUUCGUUUUGGUGGCAUUUUUUACUAUUUCUAAUACAAGUAAGAUAGAUUAGAAAUACUUGUCAAGAAAAGUGUGUUUUUAACAAAAUUACCUUAGAAAUUUGCUCUUGAAGUCUAAUCAAAAAGAUCGUAGUAAUCUGUGAAUCUUGUGAUGUGUAUGUUGAAUGUCAAACAGUUACUUGAUUGGGCUUGAGUAAGUUUAUUAGUAGAAUGGAGAAGAUGAGAAACACUGUAGCGAAUAUAGUUCUGAUACAGAAAACAAUACAGAAACACGCUUAUAUAUAUGUAUAAAAUACAUUGGAACAUUCUGAUAGCGUCAUCGUAUAUUGUGAUGUGAACAUUCUGAUGACGAUAUAUGACGCAUCAAAAAGAAUGUGAUACAUCAUGCGCGUACAUCACCCCCGCUGAGUUAUCGAGAAAACAAUUUCACUUCGGACUUCUCCGAUAAGAACAACGUAGAACAACGAACACUUACUCUCAAACAUAGUGAGGCUAUGUUAAAACAGAGACGAUACAGAGAUUUGUUUCAAGUUGAAGUGUGGCUAAAAAUUUUAUUUCUCCAAUUUACAGUUCAACGUUCAUAUCUGUUCAACACCUUUAUCGAUCAUACCAACGAACAACAUCGAACAAUUGAAUCGACAAAACUCCAAGCGUCCUCAAUCGUUACUUUACAUUAAUUAGCAUUAAUAUUGCGCUACUUUUAUUACUCUUCAUUUAUACUUUUGGGCAGAUUAGCAGAAGAGUUAAUUGUAACGGGCAAUUUUGUCAACGUUACCUCUUUAGAUGCAUGAUGGCCGUUCGAUGAUGUUAUUUUUCUUUCUAGUGUUCCAAAUGAUCUAGUAACGUUAAAGCUGAACGAUUUAGAUGAAAUAACAUUAACAACAGCAUCGAGAUUAUAUGUUCGUGGUAAUGCCAAUGGUAUGGUGUGCUCUGAAGAUGAUAAAGAAGUAUUUACAAGUGAUUCGUUUGAAAAACAUUACACUCGGUUUUUACUAGAAUUACGUGAAAGUCAUCUACUACCACAAAACAUCGUACAGUCAAUUACAUCAUAUCUGACAACAUUGCUGAUGGUACUAGUUAAAAUUAUUGAAAAUCAAGUAACGAAAACAACAAGCCCAAUAGUAUCAUUGGAAGAUACACGUAAAUUUAUAUUACAAAUAACAAAUUCAAUAUCCAGUACUGGAAAAAAUGAUUAUCAGUUUUUAAAACGUUGUGAACAGUAUUUUGGGU